AUGUUCUCCCGGGCUUCGACCAAGGCCGUCUCGGCUGUGUCCAGACUUGCUGCUGGCCGGACUGCUGUUGCUGUGCAGGCUAGGACUUUUAUUGCUCCUACUGUUGCGAGGAGAGCCGACUUCGUCCAGGAGCUCUACCUCAAGGAGCUCAAGGCCUACAAGCCCAACCCCGUCAAGGACUCGGACGCCGUCGGCCAGGUCGCCACCUUCAACCUCCCCAAGACGCCCAAGUCGCCCGAGGAGGCCGACCUCGCCUCCAGCCUCAAGGAGUACGAGAGCAUGGCUGUCGAGGUCGAGGGCUCCGAGGUUGAUGCCAGCGGUGCUCAGACCACGGCUGUUGUGGAGGACUGGCUUGUUGAGGAGGAGGAGGAUGAUGGUGCUCACCACUAGAUUUCCUUUUAUCCUCGACAGCGCUGAAUAAACAUCCGCUUUCACCUUGGACCGGAGGGGGGACCCUCGGACGAAUGGAAGGAGGUAGAUGGGGAAUUAUACAUUAUUGGAACUUGGCGGUUAGGUCACGCUGGACUUCCAGGAUGGCCCAAAAAUGAAGGUGUGUGUUUGCGUCGAUGGUGGGUGGGGGAGGAUGAUUGAUUUCGGACAGAUGGGCCGUAGUCAAUGUGUACAUUGAUUUUUUUCUCCUUUUUGGUUUUUUAUGAUGGCUCGCUCGCAGCGGUAUUGAACAAUCUCCCUGCUGGUUUAAAA